AUGGGGAAAUCUAUGGAAAACGGCACAACGAUUGAACCUUACCACAUCGCUGGUGAGAGGUUUGCCAGGCUGCAGUGUGAGCGCACCUGCAUCACCAGAGCAUCACUGCAGAGGAUGAUCACCACUGUAUCAUCAGCUACACAGCAGGAGUGUGAAGCUGCUGAUGGCACAGCACAGGAGCAGAUUCAGCUGCACACUGAUGCAUCUCACAGUCAGGAGGGUCAGUCACAGGAGGACAGUCAUGUAGAGAUCCUAGACAGCGAGAGAGGAGGUGGUUCAAAAGAGUCUAUAUCUUCGUUGUGUGGAGACCUGAUAUUCGGGAUGUCAGUCCUGGAGGACACACUUUAUUACUCCAUAAGAUCAGGUGUAUAUGGAGAAACUGAAGAUGAAAGGGAAGUGCUGCUACAGGAGCAGAGGUACUGCCAGGCUCGGGCUCGCAAGCUCUCUCUAGAAACUAAUCGCAGAAGAAAGGCUCUAGAUGAGAGAAGAAAACAGUGGGAUGUCAAGGAGCAGAGACUAAGGGAGAAUAUUCUACAACAGCGCCAUCAGAAGGUCCAGGAGGCCACAGAGAACUUCCAAAGAGCUCAUCUUCCGCCUUCUCAAAGGAAAAGACCCGCCUUUAAGAGAAGAACACCCAACCUUGACGAAGCACUUCGUCAUAUUCAAGGCAGUCCACUCUUAUAUACUCAUCCAUCUCAAUUUUGGUCGGGUGCCUCCCCUGCUAGCAGGAGCUGCACUCCCUCCCCGAAACCUUCAGGGGGCGCUCGUCACCUGCGUGCCUUAUCAGCAGCAGAGGCCUACACCAAACUCCUGCAGGAGAAGAGCCUGAGUAACUUCCGGAACAACCAGACGUUCUUCCUUAAUGAUCAGCAAGAGAGCCAGACCCUUCUGAAAGAAAAAGAGCAAGAUCCACAGGAGUAUCUUGAUACCCCACGUAGUGAGACAGAGAGUCUGUCUAGUCUGGACAGCUUAGAGAACGGAGACCCUCAGAAGAGCCAUGACACUCCACCGGUUUGUAGCUCACAGCAGAGCACCACCUGUGCCCAGUCUUUCUACAACCCAUUGGAUCACCCUAAGCUUCAAGACCCCAACUGUCUUCCAUCACCAUUGAGACCAUCUCACCUUACCUCUUCCAUAGCUAAGAGUUUCCUGGAGGAGAUUUUAAACAAGGAAAGUGAACUCUCUGUUAACUCACGUUCACCAAGGCAUCAUGAGUCAGCAGAGGAAAGCAGGAGUCUCCGAAAUCUCACGCAAGACAGAUUUGAUAACUCGAAGGACCAAUCGCAGGCCUUCGACGCCCAUGGUUGCCAAAAAGAAUUGACUCAGCAGGACUUAGCCGCUAAUUCAGAACAUAUGACUCAUGAUAAUGACAGGAACGCUCAAGGGAACAUUUUGAAAGACAAAGGAACUGCGGUUGCCCACUGCAAAACACAAGCCUUGCCAGAUACCACACCCCUGGAAUUCUCAAGUCUGACUAAAGACUUCAAGUCAGAAUCCAAACAGCAGACAAGAGCCCUCGAGGAGAAGUAUGCUAAACAUUCAUCAGUAAUGCAGACCAGUCUUCCAACCGGCAGAUGCAAACACAGCAACAGUCCAACUGAAGCCUUUUCAAGCUCAAAUUCCCUACUUAGCAUAACAUAUCAGACUGACCUGAGUUCCCAAAUCAUACAACAAACAGAAGCAGUGAGUUCUUCACAGUUGUAUAAACACAAACCAUAUGUAGAUGAAGCCACCGGGCUCAAAGCAGAAUCCAAACCACUGUGCAUAGAGGAAGCUAUAGGCAUAGAUCCUAAAAAUGAAACUGAUGUCACCAAAUUGGCAAAAGCUGGUAUGUUGAAGUCUUCCACAGGCACAGAGGAACCUAAGAGAACUCCUGCAGACCCUGUGACCCAUUGUGUACCAAACAGCAAUGUCAGAUUCUUGAAAGGGAUUCUGAAAAACCAUUUAAAAUCCAAAUCCGCAAACGUCAAAUUCACGAACACCCCUAGCCAUUUGCUUUUUACCAAAGAAGUGGCCAUUUUAAUCCGGGACAGCGUAGAGCUGACAAGGGCGAAACUCAAUGAGCCUGAGAAGAACCACAAUAAUAAGAAGAAACUGCGUUGGUUUGAUGAAGUGCAUGGAGUUGAGGGGGAGGACCGAGUGUUUGGUGACCCCAACAGACAUGCUAACCUGCCUCAACAAACCCAUAAACAGCUUUCUGCGGAUCACUCGGACCAUGUGAAUUUACUCACAGGGGUAUCAAAGAACAUCUCCAGUAGGACCUCUGCUGUCCCCGCUGGCCCCCAAUCCACUAGACAGGCCUGGACAGAUGUAGAGCCCCAAGAAAGCCGUCCACAGGAGCAUAUCAAGGAGCCCACCUCUCAAAGAAGAUCCCUCUGCAUUGGGGGCCCAAGGAUUCCCCGGAGAGUGCGCUCAGGCAGAGUCUCUUCGUGUCCUGUUACCUCCCGGGCCAGGAAGGGCACUAUCAUCAGGCCCCAAUCUGCCAGAGAAGCGCAACAUGUGGCCAAGACCCAAGGGAAGAGUUUGGUGCCUCGCCCCCCUCCAAAACCUGAAGUGGCGGAGGUCGACCUAGCUGAGUGUCCCGUGUACAUCUCCAAGGCUGAUGAAGGUGUACAGACAAUGUACAAAGAUGCUCCAGAUUGCCAGACAGUAGUGUAUCGGCCUGCCCUCAGAACAGAUGGUAUCUGUGCUCCAGCGCCACCUUGCUGUACCUACAACCACGAGGCGGGCGUCUGUUCUCUCUCCCCUCCAGAUGCCCUUGCAGACAGUGGCAGGCGCAGGUGUGGAGAGAAUGGGAUCUGUUUGGACCGGACUCCAACAGAUGAAGAGAUUGCACUUCUUUGGCAUGGAGUUCGAAGUGCUCUCGCCAGCAAAGACGGUGACCCUCAAAGUUUUCUUGCUCACAAUGGCCCGUUGUCUCCUUCGCCUCAAGUCUGUGCCAGUCUAUCCCAUGUUACCAUCAAUGGUGACAGUCUGAUCAAUGGUGUCAAAGGAUCCUCAAGAAUGGGGGGCUUUUUCUUGUCUUCCUCUAAUGUGAGAAGUCCUAUAAGGAGACAGGCUAUGGAGAGUAACAUGGUGAAGAACCGAGUUCCAGUGGAAAACAGCAGAAACCAAACUGCAGGAGCAACACAGAGAAAACCCAGCAUUUCUUAUCAGGUCACUGUGCCAACUCAUCAUCCAAAUAAAAAUGGUCAUGCAGUAGACAGUGAAGGCCCAGAGGUAUCAGACGGUGCUCAUGAAGUUGUGGACUGUCCUCAAGCCCAUAAGUCUUGCAUUGGUUUGACUGUUCCUCAGAACCAGAGAACACAUUCUCUCAGCAUCGGUGCUCUGUCACUGGAGGAGCAGAAGAUCCUGCAGUCCCUCGAGAGACUCAAUCAGCGCCUGCAAUAUGUGCAAGAUACAGCUGCUGGAAACCCAACAGUGAGGGGCAUCUUUGCUUUGGGUCCUGCAUUCAAGCAGCAGAGUGAGAGUGUGAGUGUCUGUACGCGGAGAAGAGGAGCUUCUGCUGACAGUCACAUCCGAACACAACAGCGUUACUGACUUCACCUACUAUCAUCCACCACUCCCACAACUGUACUUUCAAAACCUUUAGACCUUAUGAUUGCUGAGAUGCACUUAAUCACUGUAUCUGAGAGGUACUGAGAGCAUUUAUAGUUUUAUCAUAUGUGUAAACUGGAUCUCGUAACACGCAUAAAGGGUCAGUUCACGUUAAAAGUGAAAAUUUCCAUUCAUUUCAUUUUAAAAAAGAAACCUGAAACACAAAUGAAGAUAUUUUUGAUGAAACCUGAGAGUUUUUCAUUCCUUCAU